AUGGAGAUCCUUGUUUAAUGCCAUAUGAUAUUUCUUCAUUAAAAUUUGAUUUUCGUAAAUCUUAUUAUACUCCAUAAAAUGAUAAAUUUGAAGGAUAUACUUAAUUUCCAUGUCCUCGAACUUAACCAAAAAUAAUCGUAAAAGGAAAAUUAUUAUAGUAUACAAGAUGAUAAUUUAAUGAAUGCAAAUUUACUAAUUAAUUAAAAAAGAUAUACAUAAAAAGUUUAAAGUUUUAAUGAAAAAACAUUUGGAUUUAGCUCUACUCCUAUUGAUAUAUAAGAAUAAAUGAAUAGAUUUAAUUAAAUCGAAAAUACUAGAUCUUCCAGAAGUAAUUGA